AGUUCGUAUAUCGUAGAACAUGAUUAUUUUCAACAUGGCAGCCGGGUCCGCUGGGGAACCGGGACCUCCACCGUGCAAAGUCGGCGACAUCGUUUCCUGUAAGACGUGUCUGGAGGCCAAAAUUGAAGGAGAAGUGUUGGCUUAUGAUUCGAAUAGUCGACUACUUGCUAUAAAAAAACCGCCCACCUCCAGCGAAAAGAAGAGCUUGUGCGAUAUUUGCAUUGUGAACCUCAACCUAGUGAGCGAUUUCCAGAUCAAGCAUGAGAAUGCCGAACCACCUCGGGAACCACCCUCUCUUGAUGCCAACAAGCUGAAGAGACGAACGGAUGAGAAUAUUUCUGAAAAGAUGACGUUGAUCCAGCUAAACAGUAAGGGGAUUAGUAAGCAAGGAAUACAACUAUACCAAACAAUUAAGAAGACUUUACGAUGUCGAUGGGUUGAGGAUAAAAUGAUUGUCAAUGAUGAUGUAACUGUUAUACCACCAUACACUGCUGCUUGCUGCUCUGGACCUGAAACUGCUGUCAAUCAUAUCAAAAACAUUAUUGAAAAACACAACAGAGAGAAGAAGGGGACAUUAUGACACUAGACCUGACAGCAUGACUCAACAGGAGAGGACAGACAGAGAGGGACAGGGCAAGCAGAUAGGGCAAGUGGACCAACACUUAGAGGGAGUGAAGAGUCAUUGGGGACUUGGACUACACCAGUGAACUUGAAAGCCAGGGGAUGCGUGCGGCCAUGCCAAGGCUGUUACUGCACAUUGAAAGCAAGUGGGCAAGGUACAGUUCAUGCUAGGACAAUAAAGAUGCUAUGUAAUGACCAAAGAAAUAAAGGAUCAUUGUGUAUGUCGAAGCAAGGUGCAGGUGCGACAUCCAUGAACACUUGAUCCUGUAUUCUAAACUCUACUUUAAGUUAAACCAUGUUUUAAAGUUUGUAUUCUCUACCCAAAACCUUCAUUAGGAUACUGUGCAAGUUAAUUUUGACGUUUCCAGGGAAUAACUUCACAAAUUUCACAAUCAUCUGUGGGCCCCGUAACUCAAAGGCUAGCAAAUAAUCGCUAAUUUGAAAGAGCAAUUCUGAUUGGUUGCCAGUCAGUCUAUAGAGCAAAAUGGGUAUGCAACAAUGAUCAGAAUAGGCCUAUUCAUUUAGCGAGUAUUUGCUAACCUUUAUGUUAAAGGCCCCUGGUUGAGAAAAGCUUUCAAGUAUGUUCCGUACAGUCCUAUGUAAAAUUUUCUAUGCAAAGAAAAUUUUGUGUAGCAGUCAUUAGAAAAUAUGGAGCAAGGUGUGAUAUGACAUGAGGGCUCCGUAACGCAAAGAUUAGCGAUGAAUAGCAAAUAUGAGAGAACACUUCUGAUUCGUUCCUGGUCAGUAUUUUGUGCCAAAUGCACGUGUGUGAUAUUGAUCUUGAUUGGUCAGUAAAUGUAGCGAUUGAUCUCUAACCUUUGUGUUACGUAGCCCAGGAAAGGUUAUUCCCUGCAUUUCAGUUACCUGAUAUAAAAGUGCUGUCAAAUGUAUGUGCUUCAAAUUUACUUGAGAUUGUCAAGAAAGUCUUAUUUUGACAUAAAUUCCAUGGUCUGAAUGGAAAGUGUUACAUCCACAGUGAACAGUAUUAGCUGGUAGCCAGAACUACUCAGUCCCCAAAUUCUUUCCCAGAUUGCAACAUUUUGAUCAUGUCCCCAAAUGAUAUAGACCCACUAGAAUGAUGAUCAAUUGAUCCUCUUUACUCGUUGGAAAAUUCAUACCAUAAACAUCUUACCUAUGCACUAAGAAUCUUUCAGUAUGCUCUAUAUACAUGUAUUCCUGUUUGCCGUUUAAGAUCUAAUGGCUAUCGUACUUAUUACCAAACUCCAACAAUACAUUUAAUUUGAAAUGGAAAAUAUGCCAAGACUGAUAACCUACAGUGUAAUAGUCUAUAAUAUAUGCCUCUCGCUAUAAGGUUAACCUCCUUUGAAGAUUGGCCUACUGCGGCUUGAAGUUGACAUGAAUGGAAUAAACAAAUUCUUAAUUAAAACUUUGAAAAUUCCAUCAAAAUCAGUUUGAAAAUGAGGAAGGUUUCACAAAAAAGUAUUUAAAAAAUAUUGCAAUACUUUUCGUGUGGGGAAGGUUCCUCUGAUUUUGACGAUAAUUUCAGUGAAAUUGUUCAUUUUGCUCCAUUUUAUAUCAAAUUGUUACUAAUUUCAGGCAUUAGUAACUGUUUUAGACCUACCAGUUGAAUUGGUGCAAUCAAUUAUGAAAUUAAAAACACCCAUUUUGGCAAGUGUGAAAGGUCACUGAAGUCUCAAUAGUGCCCAUCAAGCCACGUGUACAUCUGUCUGCCUAGCUCUGUGCUCCCUGACAUCAAAACAAUUUCUCUUCUGUGCUUUACAUGUAUACCAGACUUACACUGCAAAAACUCUGGUGUUGACUUAAUGCCAGCCAUUAUGUCCACACCAGAGAAGUGUUAAAGCCAGUUCCCUUUUGGUCUAACACCAGAUACAUUGUAGGUGUUUAUACAGCAACAAUUAGUAUUAAAACAGCAUCGGUUUAAUUUCAAACUGGUGUUGUUUCAAUACUUCUCUGGUGUGGACAUGUAAAGAUUCUAGGCUGGUGUUAAAUCAACACCAGAGUGUUUGCAGUGUACAGUCUUGUCCCUCCAAGUUUUCUGCCUGUCUUGUUGUGCUGUCAAGUGUCGUCCCAUUUUCACCCUCUUUAUUUUAUUUUUUGUUCUCCCUAUCCAACCUUAAAAAAAAUCUCAGUGAAGAUGAGAAGCAUGCUUUUGAUCUUGGCACCAUUACACAAAUUUUAGUAAUUGAUUGUAGAACAAUUUUUUAGGAUUGAUUGCAUUGACCACAACGUACAGUCAAUUCAGAAAAUUAGUUGUACAAUUAGACUCUAAGAUUUGUGUUACUGGACCCAGGACUUGAUUUCUGAAUCAAUAUGCAGUAUUUCAUAAAUCUACAAUCUACUUUGCAUCCUCGUUGCAUAAAAUUUACUAUUACAGUAACUUGGCCAUCCAAUGGUAACUACCGUGGCAACAAUGCUAAGCAGCCCAUCAAAUUCAAGGACUCAAUGAAAGUUACCAUGAUAGUUUCUUUUAUGCAACAGGGCCUGAUUGCGGCCAGUCCUGUUCUUAAUUUCAGUGUCAUGAUAUGAAAAUGAUUUUUUUUUCUUUUUCAAUGUAUUAUUUUGUUGUUAUUGGGCAUGGAUAACAUGGACAAGAAAUAGAACGGGAUGAAUUAUUUUCAUUCAUACUUUUCCCAUGAAAAGUCUGGUUUUCGGAGUCGAAUAAAUAUUUCUUUUUUUAAAUAUUUCUUUGUCGGAUGACUUGCAUGCCUGCUCCCUGAUAAGAGUGCGUACAACUUCAUUGUUUCCAUUUCUGCAUUUAUACUUUUGUAUGUCAAGUAAUAGAGUCAAUUAUCUCUUUUUUUUUUGGGGGGGAAGGGAGGUGGGAGUGGGUGGGGGUACAAAACCAACUGAUGGGAAAUUAUAAAUGUGAUUUAAAAGCUCUUUAAAUUUCAUUGAUUUUUUUUCUCCUUAAAUCACUAUUUUUCGUUAUUGUCUGUGACAGGUAUAUUAUUUUUGUUGUGUAAUCCUGUUUUUUUCUUUGUUCUUGUUAUUAUUUGAAGAGAGGUGGGCAAUUUUUCACUUGAACCUACCUCUGGGAAAUGAGUUUAAAAUAUAUUGUUUGAAUUCCUCAAUGUCAUGACAUUCUCUCUUCCACAAACUGAUGUUACGAGGCAUCAAUCUUGUUCUGAUUUGUCAUUAAAAAAAAAGAGAAAAACAUG